AGGGCACCAGUGCCGACCAAGACAAUCGCUUCACAAAUAAGAAAAAGAAGCUGUUGAGAUCGCUCAAGUUCAACCCUAUUAUGGAGAGGAAGGUGAGCAUGAGUAAGGUCAACUUGGAUACACUAAAACCAUGGAUUACAACGAAAGUCACCGAGAUGCUUGGAGUGGAAGAUGAUGUCCUCAUUGAGUUCAUCUUUAACCAAUUGGAAGAAGAAAUUGUUUGAUUAAAUAUUCGCUCACACAUCUCCUCCCCUCCGAUGCGAUCGAUGCAAGCGCCCCCUAUAAAUACGGGCGGAAAGUGAGAAGGUUUCGUAGCCCAUCAGCGGAAAGGGUAAAAGAAAGUCUGCAGGUUCAUCGAGGAUAUCUCUCUGUCUUUCACACACGCAUCCUGACCCAAAGGACAUGCAGAUCAACCUGACAGGAUUCCUCAAUGCCAAGAAUGCCCUGGCCUUCAUGACAGAGCUAUGGGAACUGCUCACCAGUGCUCAGGAGAACAUCGCUGGCAUACCAGCUCCGUUUCUUGAACAGAAGAAAGAGGAAAUCAAGAAGAGACAGCAAGAGCAAGAGCGGAUCCAGGCGGAGCUGAGCAAGCUGAAGGAAGGCGCAGAUGUCCAGAGUGAUGGAGACAGGACAGAGAAGAGACGAAGAGACAGAGAUGAGAAGGAAGAUGUCAAUGGAAGCGGUGACAAGAAAUCUCCAGAUGAAUCCAAGCCAGCACCGAGAUCAGCUAAAUGGGACUGGGAACCUCGUCCUGAGGGUAAGAAUGAUCCAUCAAAAGAUGACAAAGAAGAGGACAAUUCCCCACGUGCCUCUGCUGACGGUGACGCUGACGGAACCAAGGAUAAGGAUAAAUCCAAGUCCAGGUCCAGGUCUAGAUCUAGGUCUCAUUCUGGUUCACCCCCUCUCAAGAUAGAAGGCAAAGGAACACCAUCUCCUCCUCCUGUUGGGAUUGUAAAACCUGCAGAUAAGAGGAGAUCUAAGGAUGGUGAGAAGGAUAGCAGUGAUGACGAACAAAGGAGAAAGAGACGAACUUCAUCUCCAGACAGACACAGACGAAAGAGAAGUGCCGAUCGGAGACGAAGGUCAAGAAGUGGAUCAAGAUCACGACAUAGGUCAUCUCCACGACGACGUGAUAAGAGGUCAAAGUCUAGAUCUCGCUCCAGGGAUAGGAGGAGGGACCGACGAUCCAGGUCUCGUUCUAGGGACAGGCGUAGGGAUUUCAGAAGGAGGUCUAGAUCAAGAUCAAGACAAAGACGGAGAUCACCUAGCCCCCGCAGAAGAUCCCCGCCACGUCGGAGAUCACCAAGGAGAUCACCUGACCGACGGCGUAGACCAUCUCCCCCACGCAGGAUAAGAAGGUCCCCUAGGCGGAGCAGGUCACCAAAGAGGGGACCUAAACGUCGUUCCCCAUCCACCUCUCCAUCUGGUAGUUCAUCUGGAAGCUCACGCUCUGGCUCCCGUUCUCCACCAAGGAAAUCCAGGGUGGGGUCAAAGAAAAGACCUUCCCCAUCUCCAGUGAAGAAGGAAACAAAGAGAGGUCGAUCAUCAUCAAGUGGUUCAUCUAGGUCUCCUUCUCCUAAGAUGAAAGAUGAGAAGAUUGAGGAUAAGAAACGAGAUGAUUCUAUGUCCCCUCCUCCUAAAGAUUCUACUAAGAAGAAGGAUGAUGAUUCCAGUGAUGAUGAUAAGAAGGACAAGGAUCACUCAAGCAGUGAUGAAGAGGACACAAAACCAUCUCCAGUGAAACAAAGCCGUUUCCCUAAACGUCAGUACCGACGCCGCUCACCAUCCAACUCGUCCGAUUCAGAUUCAGAAGAUGAGAAAGACAAAAAGAAGAGGAAGAAUUCAAGGUCACGCUCCCGCUCUCCAGAUGAUAGGAGGAGAAGACGGUCACCACCGAGACGUAGAAGAUCACCUUCUCCCCGUCGUCGAUCCCCUCCAAGAAGAUACAGCCCACCGAGACGCCGCCGAUCACCUCCAAGGCGCUCUCCACGUCGAUCACCACCAAGGCGGCGUAGAAGUCCAACUCCUGACAGACGUAGGCGUAGUCCUGAGAGACGCAGAAGGAGCCCAACACCAGACCAAAGACGGCGUCGUUCCCCAACACCUGAAAGGAGAAGACGACGUAGCCCUACACCUGAAAGACGCAGACGUAGUCCAGCACCUGAAAGACGCAGGCGUAGUCCAACACCUGAAAAACGCAGGCGCAGUCCAACACCGGAGAGACGCAGGCGCAGUCCAACUCCUGAAAGGCGUAGACGAAGCCCCACCCCUGAAAAGAGAAGGCGUAGCCCAACCCCAGAGAAGCGGAACACGAGUCCAAGUCCUCGCAAGAGGUCUGCAGAUGGUCGAAGGACAAGUCAAAGUCCUGACAGACGGAGGCGAGUAUCUUCACCUGACAUCAGGAAAAGAACCUCAUCUGCUGAAAAACCACGCCGUAGCAGAACGCCAAAACAGCGUCGGAGCAUGACUCCUGAGGACUCUAAAUCAAGAAGGCAAAGUCCUCCAAGGGGAAAGCGUGAUGAUGCUUCUCCAGAUGACAGACGCAAGUCCCGCAAGAAAGCCGUCUCAGAUGACAGCUCUGCAGAGAGCAGUGCAGAUGAGAAAGAACAGUUGAGGAAAGGCCGGGACAGCUCCCGACCAAGUCUUGAAAAUCUGAGAGUCAAAGAAAGGAAGCAAGACAGUGAUGAGGAUAGCGAGAGUCCGAGUCCACCAAGGAAGAAAGAGAGGCGUAGGAGAGACUUAUCAAGGGGUGAUUCAUCAGAUAAUGCGUCCCCAGAGAAGAGACCAAGACCAAGUCAGGAGCAGCAAGACGAUGACAGUGAUUUCUCUCCGUCACCUCCCCCGAGAAAACAACCAUCUCCAGAACCAAUGUCUCCAAAACGCAAGGAUAGAGGUAGCGAGAAGAAGAAAAAGAAGAAGAGAGAAAAAUCUGAUAGUGAUGAUGAGAGUGAAGACGAUCGAAAGAUGGAUGUUGACCAAGAGAAGGAAAGUCCAAAGGUGAAGAAAAGCAAGAAAAGAGGAUCAGUAGAGGUGACAUCUGAAGAGUCGGAGAACGAGGUAGAAGAACGUACUUCGAAAAAGAAAGAGAAGAAGGAGAAGAAGAAACACAAGAAACACAAAAAGCACAAGAAACAUAAAAAACACAAGAAGCAGAAGAAGGAAGAAAUGCAGGAAUCUGAGAGUGAUGGAGAGGAGAAAGAACGUCUUCUUAGAGAGCGAGCACUGAUGUCCAUGAGCAAGAGACAAUCAACAGAUUAGGAGCUUUUCUUUAAAAAAUUAGACAAGUUAAUUAGAUUUUAGUGAAUUUUGUACAUUAUAUUCCAUGUUUCAGCCCCCCAAAAUGAUUGCUUUUCCUUUUUAUUGUAGUACACAUUGAAUGAAAUCAAAUUCCAUUUCACCUUUUUUUUUUUGGUCAAAAGAUGACAUGGUUUGGUCAAUUUGGAAUGGGAGGAGCCCUGUGUUAUGAAUGAAUCGGGUUGUUGAUCAGUGACAUACAUGGAAUUCUAGAACAGAGAGUGAUAUAUUGUCACAUGACAUAAGAAGUCUUCCACAAAAGUCAGAGCAGCCAAACAGUAGCUGUGUGAUCUAUCCAGAGCGCAACAAGGGUGGAAUUGCCGUUCCAAGUUUCGAGUCGGACAACUCUUGUCAUGUACCAAUAUAUUCAUCUCUUGCAUUGAUGAAAUCGACCCCUGAGCAUUUAGUGGUCAUACCUGGGUGGCAUUUUAAACAGAUUAUGGAUUGAGAAAGGGAUGUUGCUAUGUCAAGGAAUAAAUUAUCUUUUUGUAGACACACUUGAAGCCCCCCCCCCCCCCUCCCCUCAUCUGCACCUGCACUAAAUUGGUCAAUCAUAUCCCAUGUGUGUCGCUGCGUGUAAAACCCCUGAUAUCAGUGAUCAAUAUUAGAACUGCAUUUGUAAUUUUGAACUUGAAUUUUUUUUCUUCUGAAGUAUCAGGAUUUGAGGAGUACUUAUGUUCUGUAGAUUUUUGGGUAACCAGUCAGGUCCCUAAAAAGUGGCAUCUUUCAUCCAAGAGAUAUUCAUGACAAGAGAGGUUUUGCUUAUUUAAUGGGCUUGAUGGGGACCAAAACAUCUCUUUUAAUUUGGUCGUUGCUGCUUAAAAUAUACAUCAAAUUUCAUGAUUUUGGUAUCAUUGUAAAGAAAAAUAGUCAUUCUAUCAUGUGUUUGAAUUUAUUUAAAGAUUUUGUAAGGAUUUAGCCACGAGGAUUUGGAUGAAUCUGGCUCAUUAGCUCAUUCGCAGAGGGACCUGCGGUUGGACUGUAACAAAAUACUGCCAUUCCAUUCCAUGAUUCAAAUCAGGAAGUGGCGUAUUGUAUACAUUUUGAAUUUUUUGUAUGUAUUUUAGUCUACCAAUUGAUUUAUACAGGUUUUCAAUGGAUCAUCAGACUGUUUACAUUUAGAAUAGUGAAAUAUGGAAAUGCCACGUUUUGUGAGAAAAUGUCAAAUAUUGGUGAAGAAUUUGCUCAAAUUUGUACUCGAUGGCUUACAAAAAUUCACUUUAAUAUGCAUUAUGACUGCAUAAAUACAUCAUCCCAUGCAUGUAUUUUGUGAAGCAAAGGUGUAUAUAUAUGAAGAAAAAAAAAUUGACUGAUCCACCUUUCCUAGUUUGGGCUUAUUAGGGCAAAAUAGUUUUUCAUUUUUAGGUCUUAUUUCAUUAUGCUUCAAUGUACAUACAGUGGGGAAGAGAGAGGGGAUGGUAAAUGUAGGGAUAAUCAUAUGCACCCAGUGCUAAGCUUCUCAUGUAGUUUGUUCCAGUGAAAUUUGAUCACCCCCAAGUGUGGAGAAAAAAUACCGUUCUUCAUUUUAAAAUUUUUAUAUCUUGGUGAUAUCUUAUCUUUGUUGGACAAUUUUAAUUAUUCAAAGUUGUGAUUGCUUGGCUUUUAAAAUUUUGUUAUCACUUUGUCAAUUGGUUUGCUUCUUAGCUAUCAUGACCUUGUAAAAUAAGUCACAAAUGCCGACAGGACACCCGAGUAUCUUUAAUUUCGAGUUUCAUGUUGAUCAAAUACCUCUUUACCUUGUAACACAAAUGAAGUUUAAUUAAUCACAAGUUUCGGGUAUACUGGGUGCAUAGAGAGAACUGAUGAUGGUAUGUUGUACUAUUCUGUUUUUUUUACUAUUUUAGGAAAAUUCUAAAAUUUAGGUUGAGAGAAGAGUAAAAUACUUUGAGUAUAUUUCACAAGAAUGCCAGCCCUUAUUUUAAAUAUAAAAAAAACAUCUGUGCUAAUGAUUGAAAUUUUCACAUGAAGUCAUAUUUGAUGUAAACAAAUUCCAUUACUGAUUUUUUUUUGUAACAUUCUGCACUACUAGAUUAUAACACAGGUUUUGUCCAAUUUUUGUGUUUAUCAUUAAUGUUAUUACUCCCAGAGAUGGGUGGCUUUAAUCAAGUACCAAAGAUGAGCCACCACGUUUAGCUUUUGGAAGUACUGAUUUAUGUCUCUCCCAUUUUUGGGGGGAUAAAGUAAGAGGGAAAUCUAACCUGUGAUAAUAUUUCAUUCUUUUGUAAUGCCUUGUAGGAGCAAAAAAAAAGAUGACGAAUUGAUGGAUUUCUUCUACUUUUCCAUUUUUUUUUUUUUUUGGGGGGGAUGCAUCAUUUUUCUUAUAUUACAAGGUGAAAUUAUUCUUUGAUGUUAUUUUUCAUUUGUAACCCUUUUUCUUGUGUAUUCCAUAGUUCUUUGCCAAAGAAUCAUUGUGUUAAAUUUAAUAUAUGUUCCUUUAGAUAAUGCCCUUAACAUUCUUGGCCCAUGAAUAAUCAGUUCCACCUGAAUACUGCUGCCAUAUUUGUGUUUAAUGUGACACAUUGAUAACCUAUGCGUCAAUUGAAUGCUUUGCCAAUAUAAUCAGAGGACUAACUUGUUCAUGAAAAUGAACAAGUUCUCUUUAUUUCAUUUUUUUUGCAAAGGGGGGUAUACAUUCAAGGACAUGCUGGUUUCAAGAUUGGGAGUUUAAAUGACCUACAUUUUCCAGAUUUCUUUUGGAAAAUGGUUGUAAAUAUAACAAUUGUUAUCAUUUAUUUGAGGCAUAUGAUGUACUAUUUGAAAUUCUUUAAUCAUUUUUUUUUUAUUUCAGGGGGUGGGAAGCCCCACAGCACAUGGCCUUGUAUAAUGGUGUCAAUAUUUGCUUUAAUUUGUUGGUUCUGUAGGUUUGUGCUCCAUUGAAAAUUUAUCCACUUGGAAAUUAUGAUUUUUCUUUGAAAUUGGGAAUAAAUGUAAAUAAUUAAAA